GGCACCUGGUCUGGUCGAGCCAGUUCCCUGGAACCUCGCCUCGGAAUUUCCUCGCGCGCUUCCCCCUGUCCACCACAAUCCCGUCGACGAGGUAGAGUGCUAGGGAUGUGAAGAAUCGUGGGCGGCGCGCCGAGCUCUACAGGGAAGGAAGAGGAGCCGGCCGGAUUUGGUAGGUGAGCAGAGGAGAUGGCCAGAAUCGCUGGAACGGGAAGGACUUCAACCCUCUUCCGGUUAAAAUUUCAGAGAGAACCCUUCCUCUAAUUAAAGUUGCUUCCUUAAAAUUCUAACUAUGAAGUGUUCACAUGAAUUAAAUAUCAAGUUUGUAUCUCUUGGACCUUACAUCUUUACGACUGUAUAUGGAAAUUCUAGCUCCUAGGCUGAAUCAAAAUUGCUCCUUUCUUAAUUGCAAUGUUUUUGAUGGGGCGCGCAGUCAUCAAAUUUUGGAGGAGACCAGCAACUUACAAGACAUUAGAAGACCUCUCUGCAAUGGCGAACUCUCAUCUCUGGCGACCGACUGCCAGAUCAAUGGGAAAACCUUCCGUCAAGGGCCUCACCAGUUAUAACCGAUGGUCCUGUCUAGCAAUGCUGGAAGAAGAUGAAGGCGAUCAAUAUGAUUGGCUAAGCAAUUUGCCUGAUGACGUGUUGCUCAAUAUUGUAGAGCGACUUGAUACCACAUAUGCCGUUAGAACCAGCAUCCUCUCCACGCGGUGGAAGCAGAUCGCUGCUAUGCUCUCCAAAAUUAAUUUGUCGGUUGGUUUCUUUGACACAGAGCAUGUCAGGUCAGAGUUGACUUGUGAUGAUGUAGUUCAGGCCAACCAAAGCAUGCUUGAAGCAACAAGGACCAUGCUAGAAAGCAGGACAAAUCAGUACACUAUUCAUCUCCUGCGCAUGCAAUUUUUCUUGGCAGAUGGAUCUGUUAACAUUGGCCAGACUGUUGCUAACACCAUAGCAACGAAAAAGGUUGGAUCUGUCGAGUUAACUCUUCUGACAGAGAAGGACGGUAGCAUAUGCACCCAUGAUGAUUUGGUCACUCACGGGAGGCAGCUCAGUUCAUUUGUUGAUGCUUGUCCAAACACAUUCAGUGGUCUUGCACGACUCAAGCUGGAGAACAUGAGGCUAGGAGAAUCAGAUUUCCCUAAACUUUUCAGUAUAUCCAAGCGAUUGGAAUUCCUCUGCUUGUUCAACUGUGACAUAGGGUAUCUAUCUUUUCUGGAAGUGGAACAUCCGCAACUCCGUGAACUUGAGAUUCUCAAGUGUGAUUUUGAGAUGGUUGAUCUGAAGUGGCUACCAAAGCUCACAACGUUGACUUUUACUUGCUGGGAGUCUAAGCAUGAUCCUCUUUCUUUCGGUUUUGUUCCACUCCUCCAGACUGCGAACAUCAGUAAUACGGCUCUUUCGUCGCACAAGAUGCUCAAGUUGAGUGAAUUUCUUGGCAAAGUUACCCUAAGGGAACUGCAUUUGAACUUUGAAAGCGAGAAGAUUUGGGUUCAACCUGAAGGUCCAAAAGAAUUAUUGCAGGUGUUCAACAAAUUAAGGAUUGUAAAGUUGUCUGGCAUUUCAGAAGAAUGUCAUCUAAGCUGGACAAUGUUUGUUCUCCAAGGUGCACAUUCCCUUCAGGAGCUACACAUCGAGGUGUGGGAUCAUCUAUGUGAAAUGGUAGAGGAUGAGAGGCAUAGGAAGAUGCUCGGCUAUAGCAAGUUGAAGAAAGAUGCUUGCGUAGAGUGGGAAGGACUUCCAUCGUGUUUCAAGCAUCGCAAUCUAUCUGUUUUGAGGGUCUAUGGGUUUCAAUCAGAUGACAAGUUUGUGAAUUAUAUCCUGGGUGUCAUGGAAGCAACGGUGGGUCUUGAGGACAUAUACUUGUACGAGAAGCCAGGGUGUGAGAUGUGUAAGCAUAAGAUGAAAAAGGGGGGAUACCCAAGGACAGAUGAGCUGAGGAUUGUGCUUAGGAACAUAUUCAACAGGGAGGCCUCCCUUGUGAGGGUUCACUUCCCAAGCGCAAGAAUGUGAAGCACUGUAGCAAGUAUUUGUGUCAGCUGUGUAGCUCUUGCUUUAUCAAGAGUUUAUGCUUGGCAAUCAAACUAUAUUAGUAGUAAUUAAGUAGUGCUAUGGUACUAUUGGAAGAACAUUGUGUUUGCUGAAGUUGUUUAUUUUGUUGCGACUGUUUGGCUACAUUGAAUUAGUGUAUAAUCUAUAUUCCUCUCUUGCAUGAAGAGAUGUGGUUUUGUUUA